AUUUCUGUGAACCUCUGUAUAUAUAUAUAUAUAUAUAAAAGAGAAGGAUUUGUGUUGUUUGCUCUGGUGUUCCAAUCCAAUAUCUAGCAUCUAGGAUUCAUGCUAACAGGUCUCUCAAUCGGGCUGACCUGCUCAAAAUCUUAUUUUGCUGUCUUAUUCCAAGAUGAUCACUCAAGGAGUUGAUGCUGUGCUCACCAUUGUUCGUGCUAUUCUAUCUAGAUGUAGGCAUCGUCAUAGACAGCAUGUUAAAGAGGAUUCAAAAGUUCACUUGGGCUUGUUUAAAAGAUUCACCCUGCAAGAGCUACAAGUUGCUACUGAUAAUUUUAGAGAAACGAACAUUGUGGAUGUAAAUGCAUUUGGAAAGGUUUACAGAGGGAAACUUGCUGAUAAUUCUCUGGUGGCAGUAAAGAGAUUGUAUGAAGACAGGUCACAUGGGCAGGAAGAAUUUCAGGCAGUGGGUGAUUUGAUUAACUAUAUAUGUUUCCACCGAAAUAUUCUCCGUGUUAUUGGAUUUUGCAUGACAUCAAAGGAGAGAAUUUUUGUAUAUCCUUUUAUGGCAAAUGGAAACCUUAAAACUUGCUUGAGAGCAUCCAAGCAUCUACUUAAUUGGCCAACCAGGAUGCAGAUUGCACUAGGUGCUGCAAGGGGACUGUCUUUCUUGCAUGAACGUUGUGAUCCAAAGAUCAUACAUGGAGAUCUCCACUCAUCUAAUAUUUUUUUGGAUGAGGAGUUUGAGGCUGUUCUAGGAAAUUUUUACUUGGCCAGACAGAUGGGCUACAAGGAUGACGACGGUAUCAUUGGAAGUGUCCGUGGUACUUCUGGGUUCAUAGAUCCAGACUAUUGUCUUACUGGAAAGUUGUCAGAGAAGUGUGAUGUUUAUGGAUAUGGGAUGACACUUUUGGAGCUCAUCACUGGACUACAGUCUUUUACUAUAGUUGAUGAGGAUGUAAUUUUUUUAAAAGACCGGGUGGAACAGCUACUAAAGGAGAAAACGUUGGACAACAUUGUUGAUCCUAAACUAAAGAAUAACUAUGUGAAGGAAGAGAUGGAGUCCCUCAUCCAAAUUGCUCUACUUUGCACUCAAGGCGAACCUGAACACCGGCCAAAAAUGUCAGAGGUUGUGAGAAUGAUUCAAGGCAGUGGCCCCGGCCGAGAGAUGGGUAGAGCAAGAGCUAGACUUAGAAAUGGCUCUACAUGGAACUUUUCACUUUACUUCUGAUUAAAGUGGCUGCUCUGAUUCAGAUGAGAAUGACAAAGAGAGAAAUUUUCGCAAUUUCAUGCAUGAACCUUCAUAGUCUACUUAUGAUUUGCGGAUAUUUAUUGUUUACAGUAUGGUUUUAUUUUAAUGUGUUUUGAGGACUUUGUACUGUAGUUAUUCUUCUCUGUAAAUUUGGCAUUGUUCUCAUCAGUAAUAAA